CAGAGCCAUCGAACAUAUUGACUAGUUAUUAGAUGACAUAGGUUUAAUUUAACUAUUAGAAUACUGUAACUAGUAGAGAAUUAGACCAAGUUCACAAGAGCAACUUGUCUAUGUAUAUAGAGAAAUGAAGGAGUAAGAAUUCUAUGCUUUGUAUAUAUAUGUGUGUGAGUAAGAGUUUUACAGAGGGGAGAGAGAAAAAAAGAUGGAGGCAAGAACAGGAUUGGCUCUGUUGAUGAUUUUGAUGGUUAUAGGGAAGGGAGAAGCCCAACUAGUGGAAGGUUUCUAUGGCCCUACUUGUCCAAACUUGGAAGCAAUAGUGCAGCAGGCAGUCGCCACAAAGCGCAGCCAAACCUUUGUGACUAUUCCAGCCACCUUACGACUCUUCUUCCAUGACUGCUUUGUGACGGGAUGUGAUGCCUCUGUCCUAAUAGCAUCACCAAAUGGAGAUGCAGAGAAGGAUGCAAAAGAUAACCUUUCCCUUGCCGGAGAUGGUUUCGACACGGUGGUAAAAGCAAAAGAAGCAGUAGAAGCACAAUGCCCCGGAAUAGUCUCAUGUGCAGACAUCUUAGCUCUUGCUGCGAGGGAUGUUGUAGUUCUGGCAGGAGGACCUUCGUUCGCUGUCGAACUGGGACGUCGGGAUGGCCUCGUCUCUCAAGCAUCUCUUGUCGCUGGAAAUUUGCCGGAACCUGAAUUCGAUGUUGCUCAACUUAAUGCCAUGUUUGCCAAGAACAAUCUUAGCCAACUUGAUAUGAUAGCACUCUCAGGAGCACACACUCUUGGCUUCUCUCAUUGUGACCGGUUUGCAAACCGCAUUUACUCGUUUACACCGUCUUCUCCUGUAGACCCUACACUGAAUCCUGACUAUGCAAAGCAGUUGAUGGAAGCAUGCCCUCAAAAUGUAGACCCAAGCAUAGCCAUCAAUAUGGAUCCUGUGACUCCACAAACUUUCGACAAUGUGUACUACCAAAACUUAGUUGCAGGGAAAGGAUUGUUUACCUCAGAUGAGGUUCUGUUCACCGAUUCUGCAUCUCAGUCGACAGUCGUGGAGUUUGCCAACAGCCCAGCUGAUUUUAAUGCAGCCUUUGUCACCGCUAUGAGAAAACUCGGAAGAGUGGGCGUGAAGACCGGUCGCCAAGGAGAGAUAAGGAGGGACUGCUCUGCCUUCAACUCAUGAAGGCAAAAGAUAUUAUCAUUACAUCAACACGUUCUCCAAAGAAUAAGAGUUUACAAGAUCGUUCAAGGUUUUGCUAUUUUGUUUCUGCAGUAACAAUAGCUUGUUUUUCUGGAAAUGUAAAGGCAAAGAUUGCUGCAGUUCUAUAAAAUCUACCAAACCAUCAAUUCAUAAAACUUGAUGCAACAUUUCUGAA